AUGUUACAUUGUCCAGGUAAACAGGCGUGGCCGGAGGUGGUGGGGCAUAGUGGGGAAGAUGCAGCGGCAAAGAUAGAGCGAGAGAAUCAUAAUGUUCGACCAAUCGUCAUACUGGAAGGCUCUCCAGCCACCAAGGACUUGAGAUGUGACAGGGUCCGGGUCUGGAUCAAUCGAAACGGCGUCGUCAUUACGCCUCCUCAUGUUGGCUAG